GAUUUCAGAUAUUUUAAACUAGAGGCGCUCUUCUAAUAACAAAUAUCACGUAAACAACAAAACUUGAAGACUUUGCUCCUUUUCUUAUUUUGUUUAAAAGAGAAAAAUUGUGGCUAUAGUGCAUUCUGAUAUAAGUAUUUUGAUACUCUUCAGUGACAUGACAAAUUUUUCGAGAUAAAUUCUUCAGUUGAGGGCAAUUGAUAUUCUUCAUUUUGACGUUUGCUUUCUUUUUUCGUCAAAUGUUAAAGAUUGUUUAAUGUUCUCUGAGGUUUUUUACAACAAAUUCUCAAAUAUUCUGCUUUAAAAUGGAUACUUUUAUUAAAUUAAAUAACCAAACGGCAGGAAGAGACAAGUUGAUAAGGACCUUGCAGUAUGGCAGUCGAGCCUAUUGGUUUUAUACACAGAAUAAAAAGAGUUCCACUUAUUCUGCAGAUGUUUUGAAGAGUCUGGAAUACACAUUCAGUUCAUUUAGAAAACUACUGCGACUUGGAAGAUUUCUGGACAGUCUUUACGCCGCAUUAUCGACAGUGAAGUAUCCUAACAUCAUCCUAAGAAUAACAUUAACGUUAUCAAAAAUCGCAAAUGCACUCUUCCUCCUGGCUGAUCAUAUUCUCUGGAUUGGUCGAGUAGGAAUUGUGCAAGUUGAUGUCUCCAAAUGGAGUUCCAUAGCCAACAGAUAUUGGCUAAUGAUGUUGACUAUGAAUUUAUCGAGAGACUUUUACGAAAUCCUUCAAAUCUUGAAAGACAGUCGCUCGAGUCUGAUGUGGAGGAGAGUUGGUUCUUCAAAUUACAGUGUUUUAAAAUACUACAGUCAAGUUUUCAGUCUCCUUAAAGAGCGUACAGAUAUUGUAUCAGAUACAAUUAAGAACGCUUGCGAUAUUUUCAUUCCAUUGACUGCCUUAGGGUACACAAAACUAAGUCCUGGUGCUGUUGGAUUGUUGGGUGUUAUUUCUUCCCUGGUGGGAUUGUACACCCUUGUGGAUUCUUCUGCCAAAUUGGUACCUUCGUAAAAUUAUUUGGGUGUCCAUUUUUCCGUUUAUCCCUGGGGGAUAUUGUAAAAAUGGGAUUUUGGAUGCGAUUUACGGUUUCAGGAUCGAUAGGCUAAGACUCGUAAUUACUGUGAAUUAUUACAUGUUAAUUCAACUUUUUUAUUUUUUAUAUUUUGCAGUUUAGCGUAUUUCUUUGAUUGGUGUCCAGUUAUAUAUUUUAUAUAUCAUUAAUAAUGGUGGAUAAAAAUAAUUUACUGUUCUGCAACCAUAUUGUUUAAAAGAAUAAAAGGUUGUUUGUAAAUAUGUCGUCUGAGAACUUAUCGGUUGAAUAUUAAGGAUUUUACAAGUAUGUUACUUUUGCACAAUAAGAUAAAAUUCAUUUUUUGAAUAAAUGAUACAUUUUUUAAU